AUGGCAGCGCUCUCUCAAGAUUCUCACAUGGCAUCAACAAUUUCUCAAAUCGACGACGUUAUCACCUGGGAACAGUUUGAGAAUGCUUUCGAACGACUUUCGAUAAAGGAUGACUGCGGAUCUGCGGGAAGCGGUACCUCGAGCCCGACCAAUACAGCAGUCCUCUCCCAAUCAAAGGCCCCAAACGAACCCCAGUCUUACCAUAUCGAGGACGUGGCACACGACGCCAAGAAGCCUGGACUUCGUGGACGCGCAUCCUCCAUGCCACCGCCAACGAUCAGAGUCACUCCUCCGCCUACAGAUCCUUGUGAAGAUGAAUGCAUGUCGAGCUGA